AUGAAAAUAAACGACAGUGAAAUAUGUGAUGUAUUGUUUGAAAGUAUACCUUCAGAUGACGAUAGCCUUACUUCAAUUGAUGAUACAGAUGAAGACAAAGACUAUACUCCUAAAAUUAAAAAUGCAAAUUUUAUAAUUGAAGAAUUAAGUGAUUCGUCGAAUUGUGAGGUAGGAAGUGAUGUAGACAUUUUAAAUCUUGAUGAUAAUAUUACGUACAUAUUGCCAAGUCCUGUAAAACCGUCUUCAAGUAUUCGGAAAACUCGAAAUAAAGUUGUAGAUUACCAAAACAAACCUCGUAGUCGCCGAAAUAUUUUUCCAAAUACUAUUUCACAUGAUAUAACGCCCAAUCAAAAACACCUUUUAGCCCAACCACUUUCCGAAGAACUUAACGUUUCAGUCGAAAAUGUAAAUGUUUCUGAAAAUAUUACAGCGGUUGCUGAUGAAUUUAAUUUUGUUGAACCUGUUUGGUCUACAUCGACAAAUUUCACCUUGUCAACUCCUCCGUUUACUCACUUAGAAGGCCCUACUGAUGAAACUGAUAUCAUAAUAGAGUGUACACCAUUUUCCAUUUUUAAAUUACUGAUUACAAAUGAAGUUAUUGACCAUAUAACUUUCCAUACAAACUUGUAUAGUCAACAAAUAUAUCAACAAAAGGGAAAAAUAUAUGAACCUACAACAUUUGAUGAAAUGAGUUUAUUUAUUGGUAUAAACAUCUUAAUGGGUAUUAAAAAACAAUAUAGCUACCGUGACUAUUGGUCAUCUGCACCUGACUUGAACGAUGCGUAUAUUAGCAGCCUAAUGCCAGUCAAUAGAUUCAGUUGGUUAUUAUCUCAUUUACAUGUCAAUGACAAUUCAGUCAUGCCCAAAAAAGGUGAUGAACAGUAUGACAAACUAUAUAGAAUAAGACCUUUUGUUGAUUUUAUUUUAAAAAAUAGUCAACGUUUAUACAAUCCAAAUAAAAUAAUUGCCAUUGACGAAUCAAUGAUUAAAUUCAAAGGACGGCAUAGCGCAAAGCAAUACUUACCAAAAAAACCUAUUAAAAGGGGUUAUCAAGUAUGGGCCCUUGCCGAUAAAAAUGGUUACCUUUGGAACUUUGAGAUUUAUACUGGAAAAUCUGGAGAUUUAGCUGAGAAAAAUUUAGGCGCUCGCGUUAUCAAACAAUUAUCCCAGCCCUUACAAAACAAAAAUCAUCAUCUGUACUUUGACAAUUAUUUCACUAGCUAUCCAUUAAUGACUUUUUUGAAAUCAAAAAAUAUACAUGCUUGUGGAACUGUAAAUAUGACGAGGAAAUAUUUACCUACUUUAAAAUUAGACAAAGAAUUAAAAACAGGAGAAUAUGAUUGGCGUGUUGACCAGUACUCAACUUCCAUUGUAAAAUGGAAAGACAAAAGAACAGUAAGCUUACUUUCUAACUUUCAUGACCCCAAAAAUGAAGAAACAGUUCAGCGAAAAGCUAAAGAUGGAACACUUUCAUAUGUUCCUUGCCCUAGUGCAUUAAAAGAUUACAAUCAAAAUAUGAAUUGUGUCGAUAGGUUCGACCAAAAUAAAAAAACUUGUCAAAUCGAUAGAAAAAGCAAGAAGUGGUGGCAUCGUAUUUUUUUUUUCAUUUUAUCGAUGUCGCUAUUGUAA